UGGAUUAAAAAAGUGCAAUAUUAAUUUUAAUUUUAGUUUUGACUUGUUAAGAUACUAGUUUUUUAAAUGUGUUGUAUCUUUCACACCUGUACUUUAUGUAAUCUGUGCCAUACAUGUCAUACACUAUAGUACCACGGAAUUCGCACCUAGAACCUGAAUUCUUGUCUAAGUCCCUGGGUCUCGCCAUGAAAAAGACGGUAGAUGAUCCAGACGAUCCUCGAGUGGCCAAAGAAUGGCAGCUUUACCAGGAAAUGCUAAAAGCCAGUAAGGAUUCGCUGGAGAAGCGCGGAGAAGACGAAGAAGCCAGAUUAGAGACUGUACUUGGAAGGGAACGAGCGAAGGCUUUUAAAAAUUCUCUACUGGAUCGUCGUCGCAGCGUUGCACAUCUUCAUUCAGCAGUAGGUCGACGUCGCGUCCGUUCUCAGGCUUCACGUCGUGACAAAUUAACCAACCAAGGCCUCCAAAGUCAUAGACGCCAUCAACGCGUAGCAGUUUCAGAAACAAUCUACUAGUUCACCAAUUGAUUUACAAAUUUUGACGUUCCAGUCGAAUGCAGGAUUAUCCCGAGGGUAGCUAGCACUAGUCCUAGCAACUACUUAAACUGUCGGACUUACAGAUCUCGUCCCAUUAUGUCGUAACGUUUUAUUUAUCGUUGGACGACUGUCGCAUCUAGCCAGUUCGAAUGUCACGACUAUCUGACGUGACUGCGUCGUGGACGUUUAACGACUGUCGUGUCUAGCUGUUCUCAUUAGAUUGUUCACGACAGCUGCGUUGUCAUUUGCACGACAGAAUCGUUUGAAGUUACGGUUAUCUGUCGUCACAUUUUUAUCGUGACCUUGUAUUUGUAGUCAGACGAUAGUCGUCUAGCUCUUCCCAUUAUGACGACAAUCAGUCGUCGUAACGUCAAAAUAGUCAUGAAAGACAGUUAAUCAUAUUUUACUAUAUGAAUGACUUCAUUUAAUAAUACAAGGCACAAUACUUUAAACUGCACGAUUAUCUGUCGUCAUAACAUAAUGGGACCGCGCUAAGGCUGCUAACAGAUUGACUGCAUGCGUUAUUGUGUGAAGUCGUAAUCAACUUCAUGAGACCUCGACUGCAAGGAGUUGAUAACGACUUGACGCGUUAACUGCAUACAGUCGAUCUCUACUUCAUAAA